CUCAGCCUUGCUCGUGUGCCAGGUGACUUUAGGGGAUGCAGAAUUGCUAAAGUUCGGCUGUGGCUGGCUUGGCCAGUGGCCAGGGCAUGGAAGAAGAGCUGCUGUCACCGUCCAGCACAGCACAGGAGCCGUGUGAUGCAGCAGAGGCACCUCUGCUGUGCAGGUCGUGCUGCAAGAUCUCAUUUCAGAGCAGGGCUAGGGAAAUUCCUGCUGGAGCUUGCAGACUCCCUGAGGGACACCUUGGAAGGUGUUUUUGUCUGUGGAGGAGCUGCAGAAUCUGACAGGCUCUGGGGUUCCUGCUUUGGAUGCCUUGCAGGGGUGUUGACUUGUGAAAACAUCCCUUAGCAAAGUGAACAGAAUGGUUUCCUAAACAGAAUGAAAAAGUCACUUCCUCAGUGACUCAGCUGUCUCCUCUUUGUCUUCAGUGGUGACACCCUCAGACUCCACAGACCUCAGGACAGGAAGGACCUGAACCUGCAUUUAAAGUGUGAAAGAUCCACUGGGGUCUUCAUACACAAGGAUGCAACUUCAGCCCUUUUUUUUUUCCAACGCUUAGGAAGCCCAGAAUGAAGAGAUCUGGGUAAAUUUUAUAGAGGAAUGCUGAGUUUUUCCAUGUGUCAAGGCAAUACUGAGUGGUGCACAUCUUGACAGAGUCUCCUGGCAACCUUUUCUGCAGGGCUGAAUGACAGCAGAAGCUGCCAGGUAAAUCGAUGAGCCCGUAAAGAGGUGAGAGCAGGACACACAAUGGGUCAGAAGGUCACAGGUGGGAUAAAGACUGUGGAUAUGAGGGACCCUGUGUACAGGCCACUGAAACAGGAGCUGCAGGGGCUGGACUACAGCAAACCCACACGGCUGGAGCUGCUGCUGGACAUGCCCCCCGUGUCCUACGAGGUGCAGCUGCUGCACUCGUGGAACAACGACGACCGCUCCCUGAACGUGUUCGUGAAGGAGGACGACAAGCUCAUGUUCCACCGGCACCCGGUGGCCCAGAGCACCGACGCCAUCAGGGGCAAGGUGGGCUACACGCGGGGGCUGCACGUGUGGCAGAUCACCUGGGCCAUGCGCCAGCGGGGCACCCACGCCGUGGUCGGGGUGGCCACUGCAGAGGCCCCCCUGCACUCCGUGGGCUACACCACCCUGGUGGGCAACAACCACGAGUCGUGGGGCUGGGACCUGGGCCGGAACAGACUCUACCACGACGGCAAGAACCAGCCCAGCAAAACCUACCCCGCCUUCCUGGAGCCCGACGAGACUUUCAUCGUGCCCGACUCCUUCCUGGUGGUGCUGGACAUGGACGAUGGGACCCUGAGCUUCAUUGUGGAUGGGCAGUACAUGGGGGUUGCCUUCCGAGGACUCAAAGGGAAAAAACUCUACCCAGUGGUGAGCGCGGUGUGGGGCCACUGUGAAAUUCGGAUGUGCUACUUGAACGGACUGGACCCUGAACCUCUGCCUCUGAUGGACCUGUGCCGGCGAGCUGUGAGGCUGGCCCUGGGCAAGGACAGGCUGGCUGAGAUCCCCACGCUGCCCCUGCCAGCCUCCCUCAAGAGUUACCUGCUCUACCAGUGACCCUCGUGCUGCAGGACACGGC